GACCUGUCCCUGCCUUUCAGACUCCUUACGUGACCAGUCAGCACCCCACCUGCACCCCUGCAGGUACCUCAGAGUCCGCUUGACCUGAUUCUGUCAAAUUUUAAGAACAAAUGUACCUUAUAGCUCAUGGAAGAAAAAACACAAAUCAAGACAUAUUUGGGAUCCAAGUUGCCAAAGUAUGGAACGAAGUCUGUAAGAAGUACACUGCAGCCAGUGCCAAAUGGGACACCUGUUAAUUUAUUGGGAACUUCCAGAAGUAGCAACAUCAAAAGUUACAUCAGAAAUAAUGGCUCUGAUUGUCCAUCAUCCCGUUCAUUUAAUUGGAGAACAACUAAGUACCAGCUUAGUGCACAGAGUGCUGCAGAAGCCCGUGAUGCUCAGACUUCACAUGAUAACCUAACUGCUCUUGGAGAACAUGCACCUGCUCAAGGAAUGUUUGCCAACAGUGGGGUGCAGGGAGGUUUGAAAAGCGUUUCUCUGUUCACAUCAACCUUAGCAAAGCCGUCCACUAUGUUUGUAUCAUCAACAGAGGAGUUAAAACAAAAGUCUCUGUCUGGACCGUCUAAUUUGGGUAAAUUCACCAAAGGCACGUUGUUAGGAAGGACUUCGUAUUCUUCAGUCAGUGCUCCCAAGUCCCAGUUGAAUGGGUUUUAUGUAAACCGAUCGGCUGGUAGCAUACAGAGGCCUAGAGCAAACUCCUGUGCUACCAGAAGCAGUUCUGGAGAAAGCUUAGCACAGUCCCUAGACAAUAUCAAAUCUCUUACUUGUGAAAAGAUGGUAAGGUCUCAGAGUUUUUCACAUUCCAUUCAGAAUUCAUUCUUCCCACCUUCAUCUAUAACCAGGUCACAUUCCUUCAAUAGAGCUGCAGAUCUUAUUAAGCCUUAUCAAAACCAACAACUACCUGUCCGAGUGCCUCUGAGGUCAGGUAUGCUAGCAAGGAGUCCCCAGCAGUCAGAGGCACUCAAUGGGAAUGAGCAUUUAGGGUAUGGCUUUAAUCGGCCUUAUGCUGCUGGUGGGAAGAAGUUGGCUCUACCCAGUGGCCCAGGUGUGACCUCUGCUUUGGGUUAUAGGAUGGUUCAUCCUUCUCUACUGAAAUCUAGCCGAUCUCCGUUUUCUGGGACUGUCACGGUCGAUAGUAAUGAAAAUUCACCUGCUGGCACAUGUGUAGGGGAAGACACUGCACUUUUGGCUAAGGACAGAGCUGCAGACAAGGACCAAGAACUAGUUGAAAACGAUAGUUAUAGAACAGAAAAUGGCCAGGCAACGAAGCAUGAUGCAAAGAUCAGAUACCUGAGUGAUGAUGUGGAUGACAUUUCCUUGUCUUCUUUGUCAUCUUCUGAUAAGAAUGAUUUAAGUGAAGACUUUAGUGAUGAUUUUAUAGAUAUAGAAGACUCCAACAGAACUAAAAUAACUCCAGAGGAAAUUUCUCUCAAAGAAGAAAAGCAUGAAAAUGUACCACCAAAGGAUAUAUUUGACUCCCCCAAGGAAAAUGAAAAAUCCUUCAGUAAAACUGAUGAAUGGAUAGAUAUAAGUGUCUCUGACAGGAGUGAAUGUAUAAAACCUACUUCUGGAAAUACCUUGAUUUCACCAGACACAGACUACAGAGCUGGCUCUUCCUUCGAGCUCUCUCCGUCCGACAGCUCUGACGGGACAUACAUGUGGGACGAAGAGGGCCUGGGGCCCAUUGGGAGUGUCCCCCCAGUGGGGAGCUACGAGUCCUCCGAAAUGAACAGCAUGGAUAUUCUGAAUAAUCUUGACUCAUGUGACCUGGAGGAUGAUGACCUUAUGCUUGAUGUGGACCUGCCUGAGGACACAGCUCUCGAACAUGUGGAGUGUGACAAUAUGAAUCGCUUUGAUCGAUCAGACAGAAAUGUUCGGCAGUCUCCGGAAGGGUUUUGGAAAAGGCCACCCCAGAGGUGGAGUGGACAGGAACAUUACCACCUCAGCCAUCCUGACCGCUAUCAUCACCAUGGGAAAAGUGACUUGAGCAGAGGCUCACCCUACAGAGACUCUCCUUUGGGUCAUUUUGAGAGCUAUGGAGGGACCCCCUUUUUCCAGGCUCAGAAGGUGUUUGUGGAUGUGCCUGAGAACACAGUGGUGCUGGACGAGAUGACCCUGCGGCACAUGGUCCAGGACUGCACUGCCGUGAAAGCCCAGCUGCUCAGGCUGAAGCGUCUGCUGCAUCAGCACGAUGGCAGUGGGUCAUCGCAGGACGUGCCGCUGUCCCUGCCGCCCAGCCCGGAGCCCGGAGACGGCGACCAGAUGCCCAGGAAUGAAGAUUUAUUAAAUGAAAUAAAACAACUUCAAGAUGAAAUAAAGAAAAAAGAUGAAAAAAUCCAACUAUUAGAACAUCAGCUGGCAACUCGGUGUAACUGCCACCAAAAACCUAAGGAGGAAAAAUGCACAUACGCUGAUAAGUACACCCAGACCCCCUGGAGAAGAAUUCCUCCUCCAGCACUACAGCCUUCCAGCGGCCUUCCCAGACCCACAGACGCCGCCCCGGGAAAGCUGAUGAAGCCCCCGCACACCGAGGACCACAGUGAGGGCGCCGGGCGGGGCGCACGCCAGGGCGCAGCUCGCCUGGGCGGAAGCUUUGCGCAUGGCUUGCAGCAGGACAGCAGCUGUGGUCUGGAAGACCUGCCUGUCUCCUCAGGCCUGCAGCUGGCCAAGGGUGUGGCUAAGAGCGGGCUUUCAGAAGCGAACCUGGACGUGACUGUGGGUGUUCACGGGCCCUGUCAGUUGGCAGAUAACCACAUGGAUGGCCUGCAGGCUGUGCCCGCCUCUGCUCCAGCACUUGCCCAGCCCAGUGCAGUCGGUCAGGCUAAGAGAGCUGGAAGGAAUCAGUCGUCAGCGGAGGACUGCGCGUCUCAGCCCAAAUCCUUGCAGCUUCUGAAGCCAUCCAGCUUGAACUCUGUGUUACCUCCUUCAGUUUCCGAAUCAUCUCCAGAGAGGACUCCCACUUGUAAGAACUCAACAAUAAUCACACCAUGUAAUUCAGCAAAGCAUCAGCUAACAUCUAGUCAAACAAAUCUUGCAACUAAUCUAAAUACAAGAGCAUCAAGGCUCCGCCCUCCUUCUAUCUCUUUCAAACAGAAACCAAUGAGCAGCCCCCAGCCAGAGCCUCCGCACUUCCAGGCCAAGACAAGCAUCCCAAGGCCACUGACAAAAAGAAGAGAAAUCAUGCAGAAUCCAAAUGGCAAUUUGAAUUCUGGGGACUGUUUGGCCUCUAAUCGAUAUUCUCGUCUUCCUAAACCAAAGAUACACUAAGUACACGGCCGUCGCCUGCCAAUCGGGUCAUUGUGUGUUUUUUGAACAGUCUGCUCUCUGACAGCUCCGUGCAGUUCGCCGCCACAGUGGAGGUUCCAUUGAUGACUUCAAAUCUUAAACAUUGGAAAUGGGAAGCUUUGCUAGUUUGGACUCUUCCAUCGUAUAUCCUGGUGGAAACACACAGCAUUUGAGGGUAUUUGUCUCAGGUAAACACAGAUGUUCGCUUAGCCGUCUCGGAGGCCCGCAGAGGCUGUGAUCAGGAGCCACGACUCCGCACAUCAGAAAUGCAUCCAUCCGCCACUUAGCGGGAAGACCUGGCUUUGCUUAUUCAGUCUUUUUGAGGCCUGUGCUAAUCGUGGGUCUCACAGCCUCACUCCUUCCACGUUCCUCUUGUGAAUAUGGUUAUUAUUUUAACUAAAGAUGCGGUGAUAAUGGAAGACAGUCUGUGAGCAGAGUUCUGGGCAGUGGUUUGUGUGUUUGAAAGGUCUAUGCAAAAGCUCCAGGAUGAAUAAAGGAGAUCACGCCUUUGAUGGGAAGUCCAUGUAAGUUUCCUUCUCCUUGCCAGGGUCAGCAGCUGUCCUCAGUGCCCAUCUACCAGUACCCCAGGCUGCAGUGUGUCCUGUCACGUAUACAAGUGUAUGUCACUUUAAAACACCUGUUUUAUACACACACACCACUGUGUUUGUUUUUGGUACGGGGUACGUUUUGGAAAGCUUGAGAUACAUCUUGACACCUGUACUAAACAUGUGCUCACUGAGAACAUGUCGAUGCUAGAGUUUUACUGGUGAUUCCGUUUUGAACCCUAUAGGCUGAUGGAUUCAUGAUAGCUGUUUUAAAGCCCACAUCAUAUAUUUUAAAUUAAGUCUUUAUUGUAAUAUGUAUAUUUAUUGACUUUCUGCUAAUAUCUGAAGACUGGAAUAAUGGACUUGAAAUGUUUGCACAAAACUUUGAUGGAAUAUAAAUAUCCCACACAUGGGGAUUUGAGACUAUUUUCUGUAGCAAAACAAGUUAAAAUAUUUGACAAUAAUUAUAAAUUUAAUUAAGCCGACCUUGAGAAAGCUAGAAUAUACAGUAUUUCUGUUUUGCCGGGUUUUUCAGAUUCCCUUUUAUGUUGGUGUAUGUUUGAAAGUCAGUUUCUUGAAGAGUGGAUUUGGAAAGAAAAAUAGGGGAAAUUGUGUUUUAUUAAAAGGUAUUUAGACAGAUUUCAGUGGCAACAUGCUUAUUCCAUGUGCUAGAAAGACAGCCCCCCAAGGGACCAGAGUGCUCCCCAGCCCUGCUGCGGACCAGGUCAUGGUGCCCUCCUGCUGUCCCGAGGAGGGCCAGGCAUCAGGAGCUCAUCUGUUGCUGCUUUAAUUAGAAUCAAUGACUUUCAGAGAGAGAGGCUUCUACAGUGCAAAUUUUUGUUUUGAUCAGCUGACAAAAAAUGGAUCAAAAGGGCUUCUGGCCAAAAAGCCACUCAAAUUUCUGGGGAUUCCUUUUAAAAAUGUACGCUGGUGAAAUUGCUCCUUUUGAGUGAAAUAACAGCUGGUGCUUUAGUGUAGGUUUCGAAAGAGGUGGUUACUGCCGUGUUGACGCAGUCUCCCCUUACCGUCGAGUGCACUUGCCAGUCGCUGGUUACAGACAGGUGAGCAUCCUACUCUUGCUCAGCAUCACUUCCGCAGGAAAAGCACAAAAGUUCUGAGAGUGUUUGCACGGUGUCCAGAUGUUGGUAUAAAGUGGUCAGACCCGCAGCAGAGCCUGUGUGUUCAGAGACCAGCAGUCAUGGCUGCAGCUGUAAGUGGGCACAUGCGGUCUUUCAUUUUUAAGGAGAAAAAACUGAUCUCACAUAUUGUAAAUGGGAUGUUAUCACUGUAUUUUCCCUGAAGUAAAACAUGCUGAUGAUCAGGUUGUCUUUGGUUGACUUAGGAGUUGGUGCAGACCCAUCUUGAGAGGGCUUUUGAGAAAGACACGGUGCUGGGAAACGAGGGAGGCAGCAGGAAAGAGGAAGAUCAACAGGAGAGGGAUUGACUGUGAUGGAGUCACAGGUGUGAGUCUGCAGGAGCCGAGCAGGAGGACAGGACGGCGUGGACGUCACUCAUUCACUGGUCACCAGGAGGGGCCCGCUCAGCAGCAUGGAGCACACGUAGAUAGACUUGUGCAACAUUAUUUACAAGUAGGCCUUGAACUUUAAGGGAAAAGUUUUAAUUUUUUAUGUUAUUUUUAACCUUAUAGUGUGAGGGUAAAAAAUUCACUUCUGCAAUUUGUUUAUUCUAAUAUUUUUUCUGUUCUUUUUUCUCCCUGAUUAAUUUGCAGAAAUAUGAAUGAACCCAUCAUUUCAUCUUCUCUGUACCUUUGUUGAGCCUUAAUUUUGGCAGAAGGCUCAUUGAUAUAAUUAUGAAGCAUAAUAGAUUUAAAAGAAAAAAGUUUAAGAUACUUGCACCAAACCAAUGAAGUAUUUGCCUGCAGUUUUCUUUAAAAACUGCAAGAACACUGUGUUCGGCUGCUCCUUAGUAAACGUUAACUCAGAAAUGAGGUGACGAUGUAGCUUGCAUGAUGUGGCUCUGUUGGGUGCUUCUGUGUAUCACGUCCGCCAAACCCCCGCACAAGAACCCAGAUCCCUCUUCUAAUUCUUGUUAUUUCAGUGAAGAUGGUUGCAGGGUGUGAAUUCCAAGUCCCGAGGAAGAAGUUUCUGGAGAUGGGUUACGUUUCACAUCUGUCAAAGAAACAAUGGCUGGAGUAUGUAGAAUUAUACAUUCGCUGUUCAUGGGAGCGUGUCAAAGUCUUUAAAGAAAGCGUGGCGUAAGGAGUGCAUCAGGACAGGUGCAGAUGAUUUUAAUGAUUUUAAUUAAAGGAUGACAUCAUUUAGAAUGUUUCUAAAGACUGAGACCCUCUAACAUUUUUCCUUUGAAGUCUCAUUUUAAUUUGUGCAAUAUUUUCAGGCAUAUAGACUACUGUUUAUUGUAUUUGUAUAGAUAUUAGGGAACCUACUGAGUAUUCUAACAAGUAAAAACCUGAAUAUGAAAGAAAAUAUCAGAUUUGCACUUUAAAUGAACUUAAUUGCUUGAAGCUGUGCCUGAAUUAUCAAAAUGCCUCCUAUUGGGUGUGAGUUUUUUGUUGAAAUAAAUUUCUCUCUGAUUGUUGCCGUUUGACGUACAGCUUUUCACAGAUUAUAUCCUCUGCGUGUCGCCUUUCCCAUUAAAGCACUAACUUCUUUGACUGUUCCAUUGACCCUUGUGUAGUUUACAUCAGAGAGAACGUGAUCCUCCGGAGUCUCCCUGCAGCACAGACGGCAGCACAGGCACAGGCCACGUCUCGUGCUGGGCAGAGCUGUCGUGGUGGCUGCGGAGUGACUGGGAAUCACUGCGGCACGUUCUGCUCGCGCUCAGACUGCCCGUCGCUUGCCUGUCUGAGAAGUCGGGUGGUUGUCUGCAUGCUCUGCGCACAUCGGAAAUUAGUUGUAGCUGUAACGCAGACACCUGGUACUUUCCUUGGGGAUGAUGGCCUUGCCCUUGUUCUUGAUUCUGAUGCUUGAUUAGACUUUCUAAUUUUCUUUCCACACCUCCCUUCCAUUUUUCUGAUGCAGUAAUUUGAAAGAAUACAUUUGAAUACAUGAUUAUGAUGGUCGGCGCCAAUCUACAGUUGUGCUGUUAAUUAAGGAUAAAUCAUAUGUUUUAACUCUGUUGAGGAGAAGCUAUCCAUGUUCUCCUUGCUAAAGCAUCGCCAUAGCAACAUAAUACUGACCUAAAGAAGUGGAAAUCUCUAAGUCAUAACUAACUAAAACCAGAACACCACAAUCUUUAGUAUCUGCAGUAUUGUUUUUUUCCAUUGAUUAAAAAAAAAACAGUUCAGAGUAAAUACUGUAUAUUAGAAUUUGCUUGUAAAAUGAAUUAUAAAACUGGAUGUAAAGUCUCUUUCCUGAAAA